UCUAUCUGUUGCAGGUACAGAUUGGUGUGGGAUUUGUGAUGCCACUCAACAAGUGGCAUUACAUAAUAAAGUGUACCUCCGAAGCCAAGGGCGCAUUACGUCUGGCACAGCAUCUGUGGACACCAACACAAGCUGGGGAAAGAAGCCAGACUGGGCAGGCCUGCCGGACUAUCUCUGAUGCAUCUGGGAAGCUUCUGGCAAGACCAGAGAAAGUGGCUGCUGUGAAGAACUGCCUGGAGAAGUACAUCUGGGAACAUCCGAUGGGGCCACCAGCACCACCUCCAGAGCACUGCCUUGCUUCUGUAAGGAAGCACCUUGGGAGCUUCACAGAAACGGGCGCGAGGGCAUGCGAGUAUGGAAGACGUGAAUCGCCUUAA